CACCUCCUGAUGGUUACUAUAACAUGAGAGAGAUACUGUAAACUUCUGAGCAGAGCUUGCUGUCAGCAGUCACGAUGGCAAAGCUGUGGCUUCUCAUGCUCCUGUUCUGGACAGGUUGUCCUCUCUGUCUGCCGUCCAGUGUUAAAUACAUCGGUACACCACAAGAGUGUGAAAAGGCUCAAUUGGUCCCUGGUUACAACCUUGGCGGAGAAGGAUUCGACAUUGUCACAAUGAAGAGAAAAGGCGCAUACGUCAUUGACACCGAAACAUGGAAGCUCGCCAAUGGCACUUGCAAACUGUACAGAAACCCCUACCUGAAUGGGGAAACCCAGAAGGUCCCAUCAGCCGUGGAGGACUGGAGAUCCCUCCCGAAGUGCAGUACAAAGGUUUCCAGUACCGUUUAUGACUCAGUUGAAACCCUCGUCAAUGAUUCCACAUCAUCGGUGUCCAAUGACUGGAAAGUUGGCCUGGACAUCCCAGUGGACCCUUCUGUCACUGUUGGGGUUGGCUUUGGAGGUUCCCACUCCAAAGAAUCUACAUUUGCCAUGCAGAAGUCGAAACAAGACCACUUCACCUUCCUGAGCCAUUCCGUCCACUGUAGCUUCUACCGCUACAGAAUUAACACCAAUCCUCCAUUGAGCCAUGACUUUCAAUCAGCUGUGAACUCGCUUCCUUCAUGUUCACCCAAAAAUGAGCAAUCGUAUCUUAGAAUUAUUGACACCUAUGGUACUCAUUACAUCACACAAGUGUUUCUGGGAGGGGAAAUAAAAGCAAUCACUGCUGUCAGGACCUGUGAGUCAACCAUGAGUGGACUGUCAUCGACUGAUGUCAACGACUGUUUGUCAGUUGAGGCCUCUGCUAGCUUUGCAAGCAGUGCCAAAAUUGAAGUAAUGAACAAACACUGUCAGGGCGAGAAAAAGAAGCUAGGCCACAGCCAGAGUUUUAGUGCCAAGUUCAAUGAGCGCCACACAGAGGUCAUUGGAGGAAACAUUGAUGAGGCUGAUUUCCUCUUUGAAGGGCAGUCACAGCCCUCCGUCUAUAACAGCUGGCUGAGCUCACUGAAAACCACUCCUGAUGUGGUUCGAUACAAUUUACAGCCCCUGCACACCAUACUGCCAAUAGAGCAUCCUGCCAGGGCUGGGCUCAAGCGAGUGGUGGAGACAUACAUCAAGAAAAACGCGGUGUUGAAAAAAUGCUCAGAAACCUGUCAAAUUGGGCACAGGUCCAGCAAAAGGGAUCCUUGCGCUUGUGUUUGCAACAAUAAUCAGAAUACCAAGUCAAACUGCUGUCCUGCAGGGAAAGGUCUCGCCACACUGAAGGUGUUUAGGCUCUAUGCCCAGGGUCUGUAUGGUGAUAAGUGGACUGCUACAGACGGUUCUGUUGAGGUGCAUUACGGCAAUCAGAAUAAGCGCACUGUCAUCAUAAGUAACAAUGACAAUCCUAAAUGGCCGGAGCAAUUUGAAUUUGGACCAAUCACUAUCAACAUGAAAAACAAACUGAAGUUCAGUGUGUAUGAUGAGGACUCUUACUGGAACAGUGAUCAGUUAGGCGAGUGUUCUUUUGCUCUGCGUAGAGGGAGGGUGAGUGACUCCUGCAUGUUUAACCACGGUACAUUCUUCUUCUCCUACAUAGUAGAGUGUGCAGGAAGUCUUAGCGGUGAUCAGUGUCAGGAGUACAGUCCCUCCCCGAUGAGUGACUCCCUUGCCAAGGUCUUCUACACCAGAAAUGGGGUCCUAGCGGGAGAAAUGGGGAAGAAGUAAGAAGUCAAUCAAUCACUCAGUCAGUUUGAGGUCAGCUGCUGGUGUGAAAUUGUGUGAUGAGAGGAUAAUGAGUAAGGUUUAGAUUUCAUGAUAAUUUUGUAAAAGUAGUUCAAAGCAUCCCCCCUCUGUUCUUAUCUUCUAUUUUUGUUUAACUUUUGUUUGUAAUUUUUUUUUUUUUUUUUUUACAAAUGAUGAAUUUCUCAUAUUCAAUGCAAAUAUGUGUUUGUAAUUAUGUUUGUAAUAAUAAACUUGUUUCUGCUUGUUCCCUGUUAGAAAAAAACUCUGCCAAUAAAGCAUCAUCAAAGACA